GUUCUGUGUUGGUGCUUGUAGGAAAGGUCUUGCGAAGAGAAUGGGAGACGUCUGGCUUAUCCUUAGAUAUAAAUUUACCUGAAGAUAUCAUAACAAGAUAAAGAAUGGCUGACUGGAGCGUCCUGAGGAAUGCUGGGAGGGACUACCUGACCCUAUACGGGAGUCGUGAUGUCACAGCCUCACUUAGUGCAAUGACAGCGACGACAAACUGUACAAUGCAGUCUCCGUCGUCGACCUUUUCAUACCUGGAUAAGAGUGACGAGAACACCUUCUGUUGUUCGGAGAAUGUGGAAGAUAGUGUUACAUUCCUUAACCAGGAACUGACCGCCUUGGGUUUCCAGACCAUCGAUCAUGGAGAUGGAACCACGGAAGUGUCCCUGGUCAACCGGCUUUAUGAGAUAUUUCGACUGUACCAAAAGGCCCGACGUGUCAGAGAAGAGCUGGAAAACAGACUACGUCGACUGUCCAGUGAGACAGAACACUAUCAGAGCUCAAACCAUCGUCUAAAAAAUGAGAAGAUCCAAUUAGAGCGUGAUGUUGCUAAGGAACAGGAGAAAUGUAGACAAGUUACCAUUAAGCAGAAGUCCUUGGCUGAGAAAUUUAAGGCAGAGAAGGACGAGGUCAAGCGGCUACAGUGUGUCAUCAAGGACAGGGAUGCCCAGUACAAACACGAGCUGAAGAAAAAGGAACGAGAGAUUAAUAAAAUGAAAGAAAAACUACAUCACCUAAUAGCUGACAAAAAUCCUAACAGGAGAAUGGGUCUUGACAUUGCAAACUCUCUACAGCGAGCAGAUGGCAAGCGGAGUCAGUGGAAAACAGGGUCACAUGAUAAACAGGAGGAGAUGUACCAGCUUGUGAUUCACAACUAUGAGGACAAACAACGGGAACUGAUGAUAGAAAACACAGAUCUCCGAGACUGCCUUGUAUAUAUGCAGCAUGAGUUAGGGACCAUCAUAAACCACUCUUCUGAUGCCCAGUCUACUCACACAGACCUCCAGAAUGAUGUUGGGGAGUUAUCUGUCAACAGUGAUGAUGAAGAUGAUGGGAUUUUCUCUGUCACGAUGAAAGACCUUUCAGAUGGUUAUUUCCAAAUGCCAUAUGACUUGAUGAAGGAUAAUCUACGGCACUCAUUUAAGGAGAUGUUUAAGCUUAUCAGGAAAUCCAUGGAAAAGGGCAGUAUACCUCAAAGUAAGAUAGAGAAGACAAAAUCUAGUCCACCUCGACAUAUCCCAUCAGCACAGAGAGUACCAAGUGUGGAGGUCGAUAAACUACAGAAACAGGUCCAACAGUACAAAGACAUCAUACAGCAGCAGAAGGAAUUCAUACAGCAAUCCAUACUUAACCAAACUAAGGCAGCAGUCGAGACGUCGUACAUCGAUGAGUCAGUCCUCCUACAGGAGCGCAUCCUACAGGAACAAGAGAGCUUGUCCGAGCAACGCCGCCUGUUUUACCAGGAGAAAGCUAACUUUGAGGAAGAACGAAAACAGUACACAGAGGCAGCAAUACGACUUGGCAGGGAGAGAAAAGCUCUGGAUGAUGAGAGAACGACCAUUAUUAACCAAUUUCUACAGAUCUCGCCAUUUGUAAAAGCCACUCCCUCCAAAAGAAAGUCCCUUAAAGGUGAAGGGACCAGACUCUUGCCGUCCACUCCAAUGUUUUCACCAGCUCCGUCUAGUAAACCCAAAACUCCGUCCACCACAGAAUUGUAUCGUGUCCUGGGUAUCACUCCAAAAGACCUCCCAAAGAGAAAGGAUGACAAGUACUCCCCUGAGGAGGAGCCCCAGGUGAAGAAAGCCUUGAGUUCUGAGUCUCUGUUAUCUGGGUCAUCUAAGUCAGCGCUACGUAAUAAUCAGCAUACCUCGCCUGGAAAUCUCAGCUCACCAGAAAAAUCGCCUGGUCCUAAACGCAUUCUGUUCAGGAGAAGGAGGUCGAGUACAGGCAGUAAUGAGGACCUGGAGGGGUUAUAGCAACACUGUAGGGUUGUAACCCUAGAGAGUGAGGGGUUAUAGUAACAUUGUAGGGUUGUAACCCUAGAGAGUGAGGGGUUAUAGUAACACUGUAGGGCUGUAACCCUAGAGAGUGAGGGGUUAUAGUAACACUAGGGUUGUAACCCUAGAGAGUGAGGGGUUAUAGUAACACUGUAGGGCUGUAACCCUAGAGAGUGAGGGGUUAUAGUAACACUGUAGGGUUGUAACCCUAGAGAGUGAGGGGUUAUAGUAACACUGUAGGGUUGUAACCCUAGAGAGUGAGGGGUUAUAGUAACACUGUAGGGUUGUAACCCUAGAGAGUGAGGGGUUAUAGUAACACUGUAGGGUUGUAACCCUAGAGAGUGAGGGGUUAUAGUAACACUGUAGGGUUGUAACCCUAGAGAGUGAGGGGUUAUAGUAACACUGUAGGGUUGUAACCCUAGAGAGUGAGGGGUUAUAGUAACACUGUAGGGUUGUAACCCUAGAGAGUGAGGGGUUAUAGUAACACUGUAGGGUUGUAACCCUAGAGAGUGAGGGGUUAUAGUAACACUGUAGGGUUGUAACCCUAGAGAGUGAGGGGUUAUAGUAACAAUGUAGGGCUGUAACCCUAGAGAGUGAGGGGUUAUAGUAACACUGUAGGGUUGUAACCCUAGAGAGUGAGGGGUUAUAGUAACACUGUAGGGCUGUAACCCUAGAGAGUGAGGGGUUAUAGUAACACUGUAGGGUUGUAACCCUAGGGAGUGAGGGGUUAUAGUAACACUGUAGGGUUGUAACCCUAGAGAGUGAGGGGUUAUAGUAACACUGUAGGGUUGUAACCCUAGAGAGUGAGGGGUUAUAGUAACACUGUAGGGUUGUAACCCUAGAGAGUGAGGGGUUAUAGUAACACUGUAGGGCUGUAACCCUAGAGAGUGAGGGGUUAUAGUAACACUGUAGGGCUGUAACCCUAGAGAGUGAGGGGUUAUAGUAACACUGUAGGGCUGUAACCCUAGAGAGUGAGGGGUUAUAGUAACACUGUAGGGUUGUAACCCUAGAGAGUGAGGGGUUAUAGUAACACUGUAGGGUUGUAACUGUAGAGAGUUGUAGUCAUGUUUACAUAAACAAGAAUUAGUGGGACCUUUUACUACCAUAUCAUUUAAUUACCCUUAAAUGUUUACUGUGAGCAGCAGUGUUAUAUGUAUCAUAAGUAGUCAAUUAUCAGUUAGAUUGACUUUCAAUUCUAAAUACCAGUCUAAAAUACUGAAAUUUAUUUAUAUUAAAUAUCAAUUUUUUCUGUUUUUAUUGGAGCAACAUCAUAUUUAGAUAUGCAAUGUGAUCUGCAUUUCUAAGACUGCUAAUUUACCACCAGAAUACAUGUAUCAUUUUUCCUGAAAAAUUAAUAAUAAAUUAGAAUUUUUAUCUCUGGACUCAAGGGGUUACACUACUUCUAGUUUCUGUUUUUGUGAUAGGUGUCUAGUUUCUGUUUUUGUGAUAGGAGUCUAGUUUCUGUUCUCGUUAUGUGUAUGAUAUUUAUAGAGGUGCCUUUGUCUCAUUUUUUCAUCAGAUCUCAAACAUUUGUAAAUCAUUCAAUAGCAUUGCCUUUAACAUGGAAGUAGGGGGCCUCUAUGUAAUGUCAUUAAUGGUUUGGUUGAAGACAUCUUUUUCUGGUGAUAUAGCUCAAUAAUGGGGAAAGGUUCAUGCUAAUACACGUAAUUCAAUCUAGCUUGUUAAUUAUGCAGCUUAAAGACAACUUCUUCAGUGUUAUUUUAAUGUGUCUUUCCUGUAUGAAAUGAUUAUGCUUCUUGUCAUUGUAUGAUGAUACAAAAUUAGUCAAUAGAAUGCUUGUCUCAAGAGUUUAAUUGUAUAACUACUUUAUUGUCUCUAGGUUGAUAGUAUGGAAAAUAUAUAGAUUUGAAAUUGUUUUAGCCCACCACCUGAUCCCACCACCAUCAGAUGGUGGGCUAUUCAAAUUGCCCUGCGCCCGAGGCCCAUCGUCCAUCAUUCCGUCUGUCCAUCCCUUAGUAAACAAUUCUUGUUAUUGCCAUUUCUCAGAAGUACUAAAGGGAUCUAUUCUCUUAUUCCUUGUAUUAAUUCCCCUUGGUCCCAAGUUGUGUAUAUUGCAUUUUGGAACCAAUCGGAAAACAACAUGGCCAACAGCCAGCCAUCUUGGAUUUUGACAAUUGAAGAUUGUUAUCGCUAUUUGUCAGAAAGUACGAAAGGGAUUUUUCUCAAAUUCCAUAUGUAUGUUCCCCUUGGUCCAUAGUUAUGCAUAUUGCAUUUUGGGACAGAUUGAAAAACAAUAUGGCUGACAGGCAGCCAUCUUAGAUUUUGACAAUUAAAGUUUGUUACUGCUAGUUCUCAAAUUUCAUAUGUAGGCUCCCCUUGAUCCCUAGUUAUGCAUAUCUUGUAUUGGACCAACCUGACAACAACAUGGUCAAGAGGCAGCCAUCUUGGAUGUUGGCAAUGAAACUUCAUUAAUAAUUUCUUGAAGUACUAAAUGGCCAUUAUGGGUCUUUCUCUAAUCUAAAUGUAGAGGUUCCCCUUGGUCUCCUUUUGUGAAUGCAAGUGUGAUUAAAAGAACUAAAUGGAUGACAAAUAGUAUGGCCAUCUUGGAUUUUGACAAUUGCAGGUUACUCCUGCUACAUUGUAUAUAAUGUUAUAUAAAGUUAUCAAUUGGUGUGAAGAAAGAGGGAAAAGAAAGAGAAAAAAUCAGUUUUUCACUCAACUGAUAUUGAUCAUUCAAUAAUGGGCGCCAAGAUCCCUCUCGGAUCUCUUGUUCCUAUUUAGAUACUGCUUACUAGUGCUGUGUAUAGUUGAAUGAUGACAUUUUUAUUAUUAAUUUUGAUGACAAUAUGGAGAAAAAUAGGUAUUUAUUUGUAAUGUCAUAUUAAAUGUAUAAAUUGUCAAAUAUUACAAAUAAUGUUGAUUGUUUGAUUGGUUGUGUGAACGAGAGUGAUGGGAAUAAUAUUAAAAUGUGUGUUGUAAUUAUCGACAAUGUGUAAUGUGUUCAGUUCAGUAACGGGUAUGUGAUACCUUGUGAGACUGUCAUUUAGGUCUGUUUGACUGACCACUGUUUGAGAUUUUUUAUUAUUCCAUAUAUGUAAUAUUUUGUUGGCCUAGUAACAUUCCACAUUUCACUAAAUUCAAUCAUAUUGAAUUAAAAAAAUACAUAUCGUCUAUAAAAAAUUACCUCAUGUAUCAAAAUUCAACUUUGCAUAUCAAGUUUUUUUUCUAAUCAUUCCAAUGAGUUUCGUUAACAUAUUUACUUUGUAUACAUGCAUUAUAUAUAUAUAUGUGUUGAAAUAUGGACUAAUUUUUGCUACUACUUAUUACAUUGUUUUUCUAAAUUGACCAAUUUAUUUUACAUUGAGCUCAUUUCCAGUUGAAGAGUUAUUUUGUUGGUUGUAAAUAAUGUUUACUGUUGGUGUUGUACUUAAAGGCUGCGUUCAGUUGGGAACUUAUUACCGAUACUAGAAACUCCUUACAAGCUUGGUGAUUGAAUUAUUUUGUUGGCAUUUAUUCAAACAGAGAUCCUGUGUUUCUGAUUUACACUGUUCACAAUCUUUGAUAGGAAAGCAUUCCAUAUCUAGACAAACUUACACUUUAAAUGUUAAAACAUUAAUAUAUCCAAUGUUUUAAUUUUGAUAUUUCAUAAUUGCUGGGGUAAAUCAUUAAAUAGAGACUCGACACAAUAUGUUUUCUAGUAAUGACAAAGUUCACAUAGUUUUUGAUUAUUAAAAACUGAUGUAUCCUGUUACUUUUUUUUUUUUUUUUUUUUUUUACUGAGAAAUUUUUCACCAAACACUGUAGGCUUCCUGCAAUAUAUAUCAUAACAAUUUGUUCUCGUACAAUGUGUGUAACAUUAAUCCUUGUGCCUUAUUACGGUAGUGAUGAUAUCUAGAUAGUCUGUGUUUCUAUAAUGAGCCGGACCUAGCGAGUCCAUUCCUUCAACCAUUGAGAAGUUGACAUCGGUGAUAUGCAAUUUUAUAAACAUUGUAAAAAAUAGUGCUUUUUAUAGAUCUCUAUCCUAAUACACGUAUGAGGUUCUUUAUGAUUACAGUCCUUGAUGAAAUUAGACAUCAUAGCUGUUGAAAUGCAAAGUAAUACUGUAUUCAUUAAAAUCUGCUUUGUUCCAAAAAAUAGCUACGUCAGACCAAAGUGUUACUGACAUGUCCGGAGAUACAAUAGCCAAUAAAAUUUGAUGCAAUAAUUUGAUAUGAAUAAAUUGUUUUUGAUUUU